AUGCUGUGGUACAGAUGUGAUGUCCUCCUCGCUCUCUUCGUCUGGCCCCUGGCCUGCCUCACCAUGUCCCCGUGUCCCCCCGGCUGCUGCUGUCCCGGCCCGGGUUUUCUGGUCCUGUGCGAGUCUCUGGGUCUCCGGUCGCUGCCCCGCUCCGUCCCUCUCAGCACCUCCGCUCUGUCCGUGGCCAGAAACCAGCUCUGCAACGUGGACCACCUUCUCCAGGCUUUCUCCGGCCUGCAGGAGCUCAGCCUCAGCCACAACCUGCUGGCCCGCUUCCCCCGCGGCUUGCCCCCCAGCCUGGAGUCCCUGCUGCUGCAGGAGAACCGCAUCACUUACAUCACGUCAGGAGUCCUCAGGCAGCUGAGGAACCUAACCCGCCUCCAUCUGGAGGACAACCGAAUCCGUGCCAUCCAGCCCGGAGCGCUGCUGGGUCUGACAAAGCUGCAGCUCCUGACACUGAAGGGGAACAAGCUCACCAGCCUCCCACCAAGUCUCCCGCCAUCGCUGACGCAUUUGGACCUGUCGGAAAACUGCAUCUCCUCUCUGGAUCUUCCCUCUCUCGCCUCCCUGGUCAACCUGCAAGUCCUGCAGAUCAACAGCAACUGCCUGCGCUCAGUGCCUGAAAACACCUUCGACAGCCUGCCACGCCUCAGGUCCGUGGACCUAACCAACAACCUGUGGGUGUGCGAGUGCGAAAUCGUGUAUCUAUACCGCUGGCUGCUGAGCGGCAGACUGAAGAUGGCUACAGAUCUGGUGUGCAAAGAGCCGGUCCACCUCGCUCAUCGCCUGCUGCUCAAUCUCUCCAUUGUGUCCAUCUGUCCACGUGUCCUAAAGCCAAAUGAGAAGACACACCUGCCUGCUGUCGUUUCUGUGGAGGCGGUGAGAACAUCAGAUCCAGGUUCAUAUGAAAACGGGGAUGAUUUGCAGUGGAAGAGGUCAAAAGAAGCCAUUGUCUCAAACGAACAAAACCUCCAGGAUUCUCGGGUUUUACCCUACUCCUUCGAGACUCUCACCUAUGAGGAGUGUUUAUCCUUCAACCUGUCUCCAUCAGUCCCUCCCACCGACCUGAAAACUACAUCUUUUCCAGAGGACCAGAGAUGCAGAGAAAAAACGACCUCCCCCUACCUUCAAGGCAAUGUGUCCUCUACUGCAGGGACACAGUCAGGACUGUCCACCAAUAGACAGGAGACGGUCCCUCCUGUGAACCCCCAGGUGUCCGCCCACGGCGACUGGAAGGUGGUCGUCUCUCUGCUCGCCCUGCUGUGUGUGCUUCUGGUCCUUGUGAUGCUGGCAGUGCUAACCCUGCUGAGAAAGGUUCUGGUGCGCCAGCAGAGAGUGGCGCCGGCAAACGAGCGAUCUGUUGGAUGA